AUGCUCACCGUGCAACAGCAACAACAACAAGACAUGCAACGCGCUAUGCAGCAGCAACAACAUCAUCACUACUCACAUCCCCAUUAUAGUCAUCAUGCGCACGGCCAUCAUCAUCAGUAUCAACAGCAAUUGCAUCAUUUACAUCAACAUCAGCAGUAUCUAAGCGCGCAUGUAGCACAACAGCACCGACAUCCACAAAUUCAGUCCCACAAACAGCAACAACAUCCAAUGCAAACGGUCUUGCAACAACACCAACAUGCCCACCCACAUUCACUGCUCCAUGCACAUCCACAACAACAGCAACAACCGCACGCUUACCACUAG